AUGAGUAAUACUGUCCCUGUCUUCGUGCUUAACUUUGCUCUUAGCACUAUGAUUAUUGCAAUGGAUUUACUGAUUAUUUUUAUUGGUAUCCGAACAAAAGAAAUCAGACGUCUCCUUGUUUUGCACAUCAUAUUUUUCUCAAUGGGUAUGGACAUUCUCGCGUACGUAAACGAAGCAGUUCACGAUGUACCAAGUUAUGACCUGGACAAGGAUAUCUUCGAAGGUCAGUUUAUACGAGGGAUUAUUUCUUCGUGGUUAAUCGGCAUUAUAGCCUGGAUGCCUGGCAGCUUUGAAGCUGCUUGA